CACCCUUGAAGAUUUUCAAGUGUCUCUGGUCACAACCUUGAGUUAAAGCUGAGGUUUAUGCCUCACAGCAACUUAAAAGAUUGGAGUUUUGUUUUUUUUAAAUCCAAGAUGUUUUUGGAGUGUAAACUCAAAGUAUAACAAACUCAACCUAUAUCAAGUGGUAAAUUGGUCAUUUCAGUGAUGGAGAUCUUUGCAUAAGGGAAAAAAAGCCGUCCACUCUAAAUUAAAAAUAUCCUAAAUGUACUAUUUUGGUGUACAUAUUAAACACUGAAAUGUUCUUGAAAUAACCAGUUUAUUGUUCAGUUAAGGUGACACAUUAGAUGAAUAAUUAUAGGACAGUUUGGAGGUGAAUUAUGAAGAUGAUCAACCAUCAAAACUUCAUAAAACAAGAGUUAAUUUUGUUUUUUACUUGUAAUGUUUUUUUAAUAGAGCCAUUUUUCCUCAGCUUUGAUGUCUCAAUUAUAGACACCACACUGACAGUUUUUCUGAAGCUUUGCAAAAGCUGCAUUUGGGUUCCCAGCCAGAGUAUUUAGUUGAUUAAAUCGGCAAAAAAAAUAAAGUAGUUUGAAACAACAAAACAUAAUGAUCUGAAUGUUUAACACUGAAAAGACUCAACUAAAAUCUCUAUUGGAAUAAUUUAUUUGUAUGGUUUUGGUGAGCAUUUGUUGCCACUCUUAAGAUCUUUAACAUAAUGACAUCUUUCUUUGGUUUCUUAUUAAGAACUGAUGUAAACGCAUUUUGUUUAGUAUAAACCUUGAUGGAAUUAACAGUUUCUUGACCCUUUCUUGAGAAGCUGACAAGGUCUUGUCAGCUUUCUUCAUGCGUUGUCCCCGGCAGUGAUUGAUGGUACUCAUCGACCCUGACGUGCCCAAGAGCCCGUCCACUCUGUAAUAAGUCAGAUAGCCAGUCUUGUCUGCGUACCUCCAUAACCCCGCACACGGCGCCGAUGCGUGGCCUUUUCCCUUUGCUAUCUUGCAGCGUAUGGGAGCACCAGGCUUCCACACGCUUUGCGCAUGACACGAUCCGAUUGGAUGCGCAGGGCAGGGGAUAUUAGUGAUGUGAGAGAGUCUAUCCAACGGCAGGCGCGCAAGGCUCGUAACCACACUACAGAUGCCUUCACAGGAAACGCAGGUGUGUCGGCUGCGUGGACGCUUCCGUUUCCUGUGAACCGUUACCGAACGCGCAGAGAUUUCAUGCCGAUUCAAAGCACGUGGGACGCUUAUUUACGAAGCCUCGUGGCUGUGCGCCUUCCUGCCUGUGAUGGAGGAGCGCGGCAGUGGUGCAUCACUGGAAAUGAGUGAGCGGUGCGGAGGAGAUCAUCAGUGAAGACAUCAAGGGCUCCCGCGCGUUUGGGCAAGGUCAGACCCUAUCCUGGAUUAAGAUUAUGUCCACGUGGAGAGAGCAGGAGUGGACUUUGAGGAUUCCUCUUUGGGGACGAGGUCGACAGGGGAUGUCCCCUGAGGACAAAGAGUUUCUGUCGGUGCGUUGGCUUGCGGAAGCUGCAAAGAUCCCCCUGUUCGCGUGAUCAUGGCUGAGCAUCGCUUCUAAAUAAUCUACAACAAGCUGCGUGACUUCUCUCUUGCCUCCCCUCACCUGGGAGAUAAAGUUUUCCCGCUCUGCUCCUGAGGAUUGGGGGGUUUAUUUACCCACUGAUUCGUGUCUGACGCACAGACACAGUUGAGGCCAGUUCGUGGGAUUUGAAUGCUGCGAGUUUGCCGAGCAGCGGGGAACUGAAUUCCUUCAGAGCCGUGGACCUCUAGAGUCUGGCUUGCUGUCGCUGUCCAUGGUGCUGAACCCGAGCUCCAGGAAUGGUGGAGACGCUGAGUAUCGCAGUGAUCGGUGCUCCCGCAGUGGGCAAAACUUCCAUAAUCCGCCAGUUCAUCUAUAACGAUUUCUCCGAGGGGUACACGGCGACCAGAACCAGAUAUGUGUACAGACCCUCCGUCAUUCUGAACGGAAACAUGUAUGAGCUGAAGAUUUUGGACGUCCCGCCAAUCGCCUCGUUUCCUGCGAGCGCCAGUCAGGAGUGGAUGGAUCUGCGCUGCAGAGGUGUCCGCAAUGCCAACGCUUACAUCCUGGUCUACGACAUCUGCUGCGUGGAGAGCUUUGAAUAUGUCAAAAUGAUCAGACAGCAGAUAGUUGAGAACAGGGAAGGCAGCAGCAACGAGGUGCCAAUCCUGGUGGUGGGUAACAAGAGAGAUUUGCAGCGACAGCGCUUCAUGCCUCGCAGGGCCGUGUCCGUCCUGGUGAAGAAGACCUGGAAAUGUGGUUAUGUGGAGUGCUCUGCCAAAUUUAACUGGCACGUAAUUUUGCUCUUCAAAGAGCUGCUGGGCAUUGCUGUGGCAAGGGGCCUUCGCCAGAACCACACCUCCAUCCGUCUGCAGGGGGCUCUACAAAGGAAUCGAUGCACCAUCAUGUGACCCAGAGAGCUCCCUCCAGCCCUCUUUACUCAGGGGCGAGAGCGGCACUGGAGAAAAGGACUUUUAUCAUAAUGGCUGGAAAAUAUACCCUGUGGCCUCUUGCUUAACUGAGCUGAUUUUUCAUACCGAGGUUUAUUAGUCUUGCGCUGUAAAAGACACUUAAAAAGUCAAACACGAUCAUCAAACCACUUUGUUUCUAGUCGAUUUCUGCCCACUGUGUAGAAACAAGGAAGGGAAGGAGGAGCAGAAUAAAACCAAUGAAAUAAGUAAAGCACAGUUACUUUUCUCACUUUAGCUGAACAGCUAAAGAUUUCAGGCUGUGCCUCCCUAAGUAACAUGGCAGCAGGUCUGUACCCUGGCCUGACAGGAUGAUAGCUGCGUCUGUGAGACUCAAAGCAAAAAAACGAAAAACAGCAAUAUCAUUGAGUCUUCCUUUUGAAUUUAUAAUAGACAGCAGAAACUCACUGGAUUUAUUUUAAGAUUUGAGGCCAACCAAUAGAAUAAAGGCAAAGGAAAAACCUAAAAUACAUAAAGAUUAAAAUGUAUAUAAAUACAAUUAGAUGAUGUUUAUCAGUAGAUAUAAAAAGUAGCCUAUCUUUUAUUUCCUAUACUUGUCCCUAUUAUCAUUUGGCUUUUUUUAAAUGAAUUUUGUGGAUGUGGCAGAUUACGUGGAAGCCGGAUGUAGGUUUUAGGCCUGACAUUAGAUUAUAUUUCAGAGAUAACGAAGGAAAGCAGAAUACAUGUGUAAAAAAACAGAGCUAUUUGAAAUGCAGAAUAGGGGGGGUAAAUGUUGAACGCUUUAAAAAGAUUGGAGGGAUAACAUCCAUUGGUUAGUACAUAUAUAAAUAAUCGAAUUACAUUCACAAAGAAUGCCACAUGCUGUUUGCUGUGAUCCACCUGCACUUAGACAUCCAGCACAAAUAACUACAGAGAGCUUAAUGACUUCACUAAAUGCCCCUUCACACACAAAAAUUGAUCACCAUUAAAGUUUUAAUCUCAAUUCUACUUAAUUGGUAAUUGUGUGAGCUGCAUUAAUUAGGUCAGGAUAAGUACUCUGUGCAUAUGGCAAGCCAGCAGAAUUAUUGUACAUAAAAAUGAGUCAUGAAAUAAUCAACUUGCAUGUUUCAGUUGGUAGAACCAACAAGUCAGGGUUUAAUUGCACUGAUGUGAAAAUGUAACGUUGUGUUUGAUUUUUGUAUUACAUGGUUUUCUCACACUGUAAUGGACGAAUGUGAUUGUUUUUCACUGGAACGUGAGAGGACAAGCUUGUGAUUCUCUCCAAGAUGUAGUGUUAACCCUCUAGUUAGGCCAGAUGGUUGUAUUCUUUCUUUUGUUUGUCUGUUUAAUUUGUUUCCAGUAAGAGAAGAGAAGAGAAAAAUGUAGCAGAGACAUUUUUUAAGAAAAAAAGGAGAAACUGUGUGUAGCAUGAGUUUCCAUCUGAUUGUUUGUGUGUGCAUUACCAAAUAAAAAGGGCUACAUUUUUUUUAA